AUGGCCAUCAUUGCAAAUCAUGGCAAAUCACCACCAUCAACUCAUCACUCUUCUUUUGUUAUAGAUAGGACAAUGGACACCAUUCGUGGACCUACAAAGAUCUCAACAAGCAAGUCAUCGACUACUGGAUUUGCUGACAAUGAAACUCAGAUAACAACUCCAACUGGAGCAACGGCAGCUCCUGCUAACGAAAACGUGACGGUUGCUACAACACUACCUCAGUUAAUUGCUCUUAUUACUACCGAAGCUGCACGGGGAGAAAGUAGUGUGAAUUUAUCGCAACGAGACCUGACAGAACUUCCUCCAGAAAUCGCCCUCUUGACUUCGAAAGAACGAUUGGGACUAAGUAGCAAUCGGCUCACAAACUUGCCGUUUGAGUUCAAGUCGUUGAGGAAGUUACGGUACCUGAACCUGAAGUCAAACCAACUUCGAGAAGUACCUCAGAUUUUAUGUGAAAUGGAACACUUGGAAAUACUUGACAUCAGUCGUAACAAGAUUCGAAGAUUGCCAACGUCAUUCGGCAAACUCAUGAAUCUUAGGGUGUUGAGUGUUGCUAGAAACAGACUCGUCGAGCUGCCAAAAUAUAUUGGAGACAUGAGAGAACUGAAAGUGCUGAAGCUUGAAUACAAUCCGAUUGAAUGGCCGCCCCCGGACGUAGUCCAUGCCAAUUCAGACAUAUCCACCGAUGCUUGGCUCAAAAAUUUGAAGGACUACUUGCUGCGAGAAGGUGAUCGCAGAAGUGCCAUGAGAAGGCUACCCUCUCGCGAAAUAUUAUCAACGGAGAACAGGCUAGAGUCUGAACUGGGUGCUAACUGGAAAGAAUGUGAUACACUAUGUGAUUUAUACUUCAAUGGGCGACCGCCAUUGAAAGAAGUGACAAGUCGAGGAGAUCGGGUACUGGAUAUAUGUAGAACCGUCGCCUUUGCAACAGCACAGUUAUAUCGUGUUGUUCGUCAGAUGGUGACAAACGCUUCAGAUCGAACCAUCGCAGAAAAGGAAGCCAUUGCUCUAAAUAGACAGUCCAGAAGGUUGAUUGCUCUCUUGAUGGAAACGGAAGAGCAAACGAGUAAAAGUGGUAAAGCUGGUGAUGAAGAACCGCAUACUCGAUUGAAAGCUGUUGCUGCUAUGGCUGCCACUGAAGCACGUAGGCUAGUAGUUGAGGUGACAAAGCAUUUGCCUGUGUUGCUAGUCAAUCGGGAUCCAAGGCAACUUAGGUCUAUGCUUGUAUCGUGGUAUUCUGUCACACUCGAAGUCGGAGAAGCUUUGCAAGCCGCAACAGAGUUAGCAAUUGCCUCACCUGUCGUCAUGAGCGCCCCUCAUUUAGGUCUUCGUAUGGGCGGCUCAUCGUCAUCACCACCGCCAUCACGUCGCAGUAAAGAGAUUGGGUCCGUUGGAACCUCGUUACUGUCUCUAGAUUCGACCACAGCCCUAACCCCAUCUCCAGCCACCUUAUCCGUAUCGAAUGCAUAUAAUACCACAGUAGCAGCUAUAGAUUCUACGUUCUUGUCGAUGGCCGAUAGCGCAGCAAAAGCCACAUCGCAGAUCCUAGUCAUGUUGAGAGAUAUUCCUGAGAGGUUGUCGGUUACUGCUCUGACUGGACGUGGUGGUAGUACGCCGUCUAGUCCUAGUAAUACUCCUAGUAAUUUCGUUUCUGAAGGUGAUGCCGUGGAUGGAGUAUCGAGUGUUAACGCUGGUGGUAAAAAGUCCUUGUCGGGACCAGAUGGUGACAUGUCAGCUCUGAUAAAGAAGGCCUCAGAUGUGACCGCGUCGCUCGUACAGACAAUCAAUGAAGCAGUCAAGCAACAGAAUCCUAUGUUACAGACGCGAGUCUACGCUGAUGUGGAUAACUUUGUCAAGACUGUAGUACAAGUCAGUGUUGGAGCCAGAGAUAUGGCCAAACGAUACCCACUUAGUUCACAAGUUCGAGAUGGGCUUCAGCAGGUUACUAGAUCGACACGUGAACUUGCAGCUCAUUUAUCUAGAACUGGUGCCGCUGGUGGUAUUGGUGGAGCUGGAACUGGUUCAUCCAUCACGAACGAGUCUGGUCCUCUUACAUAA